AUGAUGAGUGAGGGAAUUAAACCGACGCCUUCUCCUGCUCAAGGCGUCGGGCCAAUAUAUAGGCCUGAGAUCGAAAAACCUACAGCAACAAUUUCGAAGGACGUUUCUUAUGAGAAUGUCCAUAUUCUACCACAGACCCCUCAAUUGAUAGCACUCCUGACAAUGAUCAGGGACAAAGAAACAGCUCGCGCUGAUUUCAUUUUUUACUCGAACAGAAUCAUUCGCCUUUUGGUAGAGGAAGGGUUGAACCACUUGCCAGUUGUUGAGCAACCAGUAACAACUCCCGUUGGCCGAAAAUACCUCGGUGUUCGGUUUGAAGGGAAAAUAUGUGGUGUCUCCAUCAUGAGAGCUGGUGAGGCAAUGGAGCAAGGCUUGAGGGACUGUUGCCGCUCCGUUCGCAUAGGGAAAAUACUAAUCCAAAGGGACGAAGAAACCUGCCAGCCAAGGCUGUUCUAUGAAAAGCUUCCGACCGACAUUGCCAAUCGCUGGGUUCUUCUACUCGAUCCAAUGUUCGCAACAGGGGGCUCUGCUACGCUUGCCGUCGAGAUACUCAAGUCAAAAGGUGUUCCAGAGAAUCGUAUACUCUUUCUCAAUCUCAUCGCGAGCCCAUCGGGGGUUGCAGAUUUCGCAGAACGCUUCCCCAGCCUGAGGGUAGUGACAGCAUUCAUUGACCAGGGCCUAGAUGAGAAAAAGUGGGUUCAAGUAUAUGCAAACCGAUACCCCGUUUAUUGA